AGAAGAGGAGGAGGAGGCGGUGGAGGAGGUGGGGUGGAUGGGGGGGGUUGGAGGUCUGAGACGCUUCCAGCCUGAAGGGGCCGGCGGUUUUUGGCCGUAGUACCCGGACAAGCUAGCUUGUACCCGCGCAGCUAAGUGAAUGGGAUGGAGCCGGGACCGUCUGGCGCCGUGCCCAUGGGGGCCUUUCCCCCACCCCUGCAGCAGGUGUUCCAUGCCCCCCGCCGGCCAGGCAUGGGCACCGUGGGCAAGCCCAUCAAGCUGCUCGCCAACUACUUCGAGGUGGAGAUCCCAAAGAUCGACGUCUUUCACUACGAGGUCGACAUCAAGCCCGACAAGUGCCCGCGCAGAGUCAACAGGGAGGUGGUGGAGUACAUGGUGCAGCACUUCAAGCCUCAGCUCUUUGGCGACAGGAAGCCGGUGUACGACGGCAAGAAGAACAUCUACACGGUGCUAGCGCUGCCUAUUGGCAGUGAGAAGGUGGAUUUUGAGGUCACCAUCCCAGGUGAGGGCAAAGACCGGAUCUUCAAGGUGUCCAUCCGUUGGCUGGCCAAGGUGUCAUGGCGCCUGCUGCAGGAGACUCUGGUCAGCGGUCGGCUGCAGGUCCCCCUCGAAUCGGUCCAGGCCCUGGACGUGGCCAUGCGCCACCUGGCCUCUAUGAGGUACACUCCAGUGGGCCGUUCAUUUUUCUCCCCACCUGAAGGCUACUACCACCCGCUGGGUGGGGGGAGGGAAGUGUGGUUUGGCUUCCACCAGUCCGUGCGCCCGGCCAUGUGGAAGAUGAUGCUUAACAUUGACGUGUCGGCCACGGCCUUCUACAAGGCCCAGCCUGUAAUCGAGUUCAUGUGUGAAGUCCUGGACAUCCGCAACAUCGACGAGCAGCCCAAGACCCUCACGGACUCGCAGAGGGUCCGCUUCACCAAGGAGAUUAAAGGCCUGAAGGUGGAGGUGACGCACUGUGGUCAGAUGAAGAGAAAGUAUCGCGUAUGCAACGUCACCCGGCGACCCGCCAGCCACCAAACGUUUCCCCUCCAGCUGGAAAGUGGGCAGACAGUAGAAUGUACAGUGGCCCAGUACUUCAAGCAGAAGUACAACCUGCAGCUGAAAUACCCCCACCUACCCUGUCUACAGGUGGGGCAGGAGCAGAAGCACACGUACCUGCCCCUGGAGGUGUGCAACAUUGUGGCGGGCCAGAGAUGCAUCAAGAAGCUGACGGACAACCAGACCUCCACCAUGAUCAAAGCCACAGCUCGCUCGGCACCCGACAGACAGGAGGAGAUCAGCCGGCUGAUGAAGAACGCUAACUUCAACCUGGACCCGUACAUCCAGGAGUUUGGGAUCAAGGUGAAAGACGACAUGGCUGAGGUGACGGGCAGGGUGCUUCCAGCCCCGAUCCUGCAGUACGGAGGACGGAAUCGCGCCAUAGCAACCCCCAACCAGGGAGUGUGGGACAUGAGGGGAAAGCAGUUUUAUAACGGCAUCGAGAUCAAAGUGUGGGCGAUCGCCUGCUUUGCCCCCCAGAAGCAGUGCAGAGAGGAGGUGCUCAAGAACUUCACAGACCAGCUGCGUAAGAUCUCCAAGGACGCCGGGAUGCCCAUCCAGGGCCAGCCGUGCUUCUGUAAGUACGCGCAGGGAGCGGACAGCGUGGAGCCCAUGUUCAGACACCUGAAGAACACCUACUCGGGACUGCAGCUCAUCAUCGUCAUCCUGCCGGGGAAGACGCCCGUCUACGCCGAGGUGAAGCGUGUGGGAGACACCCUCCUGGGCAUGGCCACGCAGUGCGUCCAGGUGAAGAACGUGGUGAAGACGUCCCCCCAGACCCUCUCCAACCUCUGCCUCAAGAUCAACGUGAAGCUGGGGGGCAUCAACAACAUCCUGGUGCCUCACCAGCGGUCGGCAGUGUUUCAGCAGCCUGUUAUCUUCCUGGGGGCGGACGUCACUCACCCCCCUGCUGGAGACGGCAAGAAGCCCUCCAUCACUGCUGUGGUAGGCAGUAUGGAUGCUCAUCCCAGCAGGUACUGUGCCACAGUGCGAGUCCAGAGGCCCCGGCAGGAGAUCAUUGAAGAUUUGUCGUACAUGGUGCGUGAACUGUUGAUUCAGUUCUACAAGUCGACCCGGUUCAAGCCCACCAGGAUCAUUUUCUACAGGGAUGGAGUUCCCGAGGGACAGUUGCCACAGAUUCUCCACUACGAGCUGCUGGCCAUCAGAGAUGCGUGCAUCAAGCUGGAGAAAGAUUAUCAACCGGGCAUCACCUACAUCGUGGUGCAGAAACGCCACCACACACGCCUCUUCUGUGCCGACAAGUCCGAAAGGAUCGGGAAGAGUGGGAAUAUCCCCGCGGGAACUACAGUGGACACCAGCAUCACUCAUCCCUUCGAGUUCGACUUCUACCUGUGCAGCCACGCGGGCAUACAGGGCACCAGCCGGCCAUCGCACUACUACGUCUUGUGGGACGACAAUCGCUUCACGGCCGAUGAGUUGCAGAUCCUGACGUACCAGCUGUGCCACACCUACGUGCGCUGCACCCGCUCCGUCUCCAUCCCCGCGCCGGCCUACUACGCCCGUCUCGUGGCCUUCCGCGCCCGCUACCACCUGGUGGACAAAGAACAUGACAGUGGAGAGGGCAGCCAUGUGUCCGGUCAGAGCAACGGUCGGGACCCCCAGGCUCUGGCUAAAGCGGUUCAGAUCCACCACGACACCCUGAGGACCAUGUACUUCGCCUGAGCCACACGGACCAUCUCAUCGACCCCGGCGCACCACCUCAUCCCCAUCCCUUGUUCCAGGCGACCGGUCCGGCAGACCCGCCGGUCCUUCGCCCGCAUUCCGCCCAACACGAGGCCCUUCGCCUGUAACACACAGACUCUACAGCCUCACGCACUCACAACGCUUAUUAUUAUUAUUAUUGUUGUCAUUUUGUUGUUUUUACGUCACGUCAGGACUGUUGCUCUUUUUGUGUUGAAUUUUUUUUAAACGUCGGUUUUAUUAUGUAAUUGUAAUUUACGCCACCUUCAGACUCCUGUGUAUGGAAGUAUGCAAUACGGAUGGGAGGAAAACGGGCAAAAAAAAAGAAUCACAAAACAAACUUUUUUAACUGCCACCACGAUGCUGCCUCUUUACCCACCCGGAUGCCAGUGUUCCAAGCCCUUUUAGCAUGGGGAUUCUCCGGGUCGGGGGGCGGGGCGGGGUACCGGGCAUGCACACCUAUGUGUAUCAUUUUAGCGUUGUUAUGAACUACAUUUGUGUUUUUAAUGUUUCUGAAUAAUGUUCUUUUUAAACUGCCUGAGGAGUCUGAGGCAUGGUACAUUAGCACUUAGCGUUAGCAUGUAGGUACCAGCGGUCCUGCACAUACGAGUUUGUUAGAACAUGUGGGGCUAGCCCUCUGGCCUUGAUAUUAGCAGAGAGAGAACGAGCAGGUGUAGCAUUUCGUAGACGCGGGAGGGAAGUCCUGCAGCACACUAGAUGCUGGUUGGCCAGUCCCUUAGAGAUUUAGCCUUUAGAGGCAAGCUUACCAUAGCAAUAGAGGGACCAUUUGUGUAGAGUACAUCAAAUAUACACAUACUCGCCAUGUGCACCUAAACCAGCCCAAAGUGAUGCCGACCAAUCUGAAAGGGGCACCUUAACUGGAAGAUAAUCUUUCGUUUCUGUAUCCGUUGCCUUUUUAGUAUUUGGGAGGCA